UUCACGGAAGUAUUCGGCCAUGAAAAAAUUGCGAGUGUGUGUUUGAAAGUAAACAAUAAAAAUGUCUGGAAACGUGGGCAUGGAGCAGCUUAUUCCAAUUGUGAAUAAGCUGCAAGAUGCCUUCGCCUCUUUAGGAGUUCCUAUUUCAUUAGAUCUUCCUCAAAUAGCUGUCGUCGGAUCUCAAAGCGCAGGGAAAAGUUCGGUGUUGGAAAAUUUCGUUGGAAAAGACUUUCUGCCAAGAGGAAGCGGCAUUGUGACCAGACGACCGCUGGUCUUGCAGCUUAUCAAUGCCAACACUGAGCAUGCUGAGUUUCUCCAUCAGAAGGGGAAGAAGUAUGUGGACUUUGAACAGGUCCGUAAAGAAAUCGAGGCGGAGACUGACCGUGUUACAGGCGGAAACAAAGGCAUCUCCAACAUUCCUAUCAACCUGCGCGUGUACUCACCAAAUGUGUUGAACCUGACCCUUAUUGACUUGCCCGGGAUGACCAAGGUCCCUGUGGGGGACCAGCCUAUUGAUAUAGAACAGCAGAUCAGGGGCAUGUUAAUGGAGUUUAUUGUGAAGGACAGUUGUCUGAUCCUGGCCGUCAGCCCUGCGAACACAGAUCUUGCCAACUCUGAUGCGUUGAAGAUUGCCAAGGAGGUUGACCCUGGGGGUCUGCGUACAAUCGGAGUUAUCACCAAACUUGACUUGAUGGACGAUGGAACAGACGCACGAGACAUCUUAGAAAAUAGGCUACUGCCCCUCCGCAGAGGCUACAUUGGAGUGGUGAAUCGAAGCCAGAAGGACAUUGCCGGACAGAAGGAUAUUCGUGCCGCCCUUGCAGCUGAGAGGAAGUAUUUCCUCAGUCAUCCGUCGUACAGACACAUGGCAGACAGAAUGGGUACCCCGUAUCUUCAGAGAGUGCUGAACCAGCAACUGACCAAUCACAUUAGAGAUACACUCCCUAACUUGAGAAAUCGUCUGCAGACACAGUUAAUCGACCUGGAAAAAGAUGUGGAGGAGUUUAAAAACUUCCGGCCAGAUGAUCCUGCCAGAAAAACCAAGUCCAUGAUGCAAAUGGUUCAGCAGUUUGGGACAGACUUUGAAAAGAACAUUGAGGGUUCUGGGGCUCAAAUCAACAUGAAGGAGCUGUCUGGAGGUGCCAAGAUCAACCGCAUCUUUUACGAGAGGUUUCCGUUUGAGCUUGUCAAGAUGGAAUUUGAUGAAAAAGAGCUUCGUCGAGAAAUCAGCUACGCCAUUAAAAACAUUCGCGGUAUCCGAACGGGCCUGUUCACUCCAGAUAUGGCUUUUGAAGCCAUUGUUAAAAAACAGAUAGAGAAACUUCGAGGGCCCUCGUUGAAAUGUUGCGAUAUGGUGGUCACCGAGUUAACAAAUGUGAUAAGAAAAUGUACAGAAAAGAUGAACAGAUACCCACGCCUACGUGAAGAGACUGAGAGAAUUGUGAACUCAUCCACUCGUGAGCGCGAGGCUAAAUGUAAAGAUCAGCUUAUGUUGCUAGUCGACAUACAGCUGGCUUAUAUGAACACUAACCAUGAGGACUUUAUCGGAUUUGCAAAUGCUCAGCAAAAGUCUGACCCAAGUACAACCAAACGGAAAGUGGGAAACCAGGUAAUCCGUAAAGGCUGGCUCACUCUUCAUAACAUCAGCUUCAUGAAGGGCGGAUCGAAGGAGUUCUGGUUUGUCCUCACUGCCGAGAGUCUGGCCUGGUAUAAGGACGAAGAGGAAAAAGACAAGAAGUACAUGCUAGCCCUGGACAAUUUAAGCUUACGUGACAUGCAAGAUUCAGGAUUUAUUAAACAGAAAAAAAUGUUUGCUCUGUUUAACUCUGAAAGCAGAAAUGUUUACAAGGACUACAAACAGCUGGAGCUGUCAGCUGAGAGCCAAGAGGAGGUUGACAGCUGGAAAGCCUCAUUCCUGAGGGCAGGAGUCUACCCAGAUAGAUCUCAGGAUAGCUCAGAAGAUAGGGGGAAAGAUGACCUUGGAUCCAUGGAUCCGCAGCUGGAGCGCCAGGUGGAAACGAUCAGAAACCUUGUGGACUCAUACUCAAAAAUUGUUGGCAAGACUCAGCGAGAUCUUGUGCCCAAGACUAUUAUGCACAUCGUUGUCAAUUAUGUUAAAGAAUUCAUCGGAGCUGAAUUGUUAGCCCACCUGUACUCAAGUGUUGAUCAAAGCACCAUGAUGGAGGAAUCGGCCGAGGAAACCAUGAGGCGUGAGGAACUCCUCCGCAUGUAUCACACUACCAAGGAGGCCCUGCAAAUCAUCGGUGACGUCUCCCUAUCGACCGUAUCCACACCGGUUCCCCCUCCAGUGGAUAAUGAGUGGCUUGAGCCCAGCACACAGUCAAAUGGUAGCAGUGGAGGGUAUGCCGGUCGCCCAUCAUCGCCCAAGCCAGGUCGGGCCCCACCACCACCCCUCCCUAACAGACCAGGGGGUGCAGGCCCCUUUCAGCAGCCCCUCCAGCCCUCCAUACCUAACCGCCCUGCCCCGGGCCUUCCCUCCCGCCCUGCGCCUGGAGCGCCCGCACCUGCCAUACCAUCGACGAUGAACACUGCAUUGAAAUAUAGUUCAGUUUCAAGGCGCGGUGGCCCGCCCGCACCAGGUGGAAAUGCUCCGAGAAUUCCUGAUAGGCCGUCUAUACCCGCACGACCAAACUAAUCUAUUUAUAGUAGAACGUAGAGAGACUUCACUUGAUAUUGAAUGUUAUUGUGUUUGUGUGUUCUGAUUUGCUAGGAGUAAUUUAUUUAUCAUUAUAUAUUUUGUAAAGGACACAAUUGGUAUAGUAUACUACAGAAAAUAUGGCAAGAAUUGUUUAAAUUAAUAUACAUGUAAACUGUCUAUUGCAAUUUCUUGUACUCAUGGAAAGUGACUAGCCGGGAGUUCAGUUAACGCUAACAGUUAACUAACGAUAGCUAACAUGUGCAAGAUUGUUCCCCGCUUGCAGCAUAUGAGCUACAAUAUAACAGGGACACCAAACAGAUCUUAUUGUUAAAGUGAGUUACUGUUAGCCUGAACUGAAUGCAAUGUAUGUGUGAAAUAAAAGUGGUUACAUUAUGAUAAAAAUUGCAAUGAUAGCAUUAGUUCGAGACAUAUUUGACUCAUGAAAAACCCAAGUCAUAAGGUUUCAUAUAAAAAUUAUAAAAUGUGAGAAGUAAUGACACUGACUCAAUUGUUAGAAUUCCUUCAUUGUUUUUCAUUAGUGUACAAAAUGAAUAUAUGUUCAUAAGUAGGUAAUAGGCCAUUGUUGUGUUAUGAAUUGUGAUAGUAUUUGACUUUUAAUUGGUAUUUUUGAAUGCUGUAGAAUGGUACUUUUAUAUGAUUGAAUGAAUGAAUACAUAUUGUAUUUAAUAUUCAUGAUGUUUCAAAGAUGUUUUAUACCUCGCAAGCUAUUACAACUUUCUUUAAAAAAUUUUAAUGACAAUCCCCUGUGUUUAGCUAAUGAAAAUUGUCCAUCAUAGCAGUUGAUUUAAUACCUCCAUACACGUAGCUUUCAUUCAAAUAAAGAUCCCGAGAAGGGGAGCAUUCCUUGGCCUUGUCAUGCGUCAGUUACUCAUCAUAGCCACAUUAGCAACCACAGGGAUGUUAAAAAUCAGGAUUAAUCCUAAAAGGAAGAAUGAGAGCUAUCAAUUGUAGACUAGUGUACAUUUGUUAAGUUUGUUUUAUGUUUGACUUUUACAUUACAAAAAGAAGUACUUUGUAAUGGAUAUAAAUGGCAUUGGAGACAAUUUUGAAAGGCGUCUGACACUACCUUUGGUCUGAAUCCAUCUUUCUUAACUUAAAGUAGGAUUUUUUUCAUUGAGACUUUCAAUCUGAUAUCAUCCUUGAUAUCAAUUACUUGCUGUUUUGAUGUUAUCUAAUAUUUAAGAUUUUAAGUUGAUAUUAAAGAUAUUUCGCAGGCAGCAGGGAUCCAAUGUCCUCUUACUCUGCUGCCAUGUACAAUUAUCCACUGUGGUAAUCAAUUUUUAUUGAUGAGUUUUAUGUAUAAACAAACGCUGCAAUAAUAGCAGAAUUAGUCAAUAUUGAAGUCCAUUGAAAUCGACCUUCUUUCUAAACAAACUUUCUGUUUUGAUGAAAGGUAUUUGCAAUAAGGGAUCAAGGUAAUGAGAAGCUAUCACGAGAUUUAAUUCAACCUUUUGUUUAGGUUUCAUUUUCAAAUAUAAAUAAAUGAUUUCUCUGACCCUUAAAGAUGCAUUCUUACUCCCAAAUAAGAUGUACCACAAUUAAUACAAUUGUUUUAAUUUACCGAAAAGGAUAAAAAAAAUAUCGAAAACAAUGGUUCUUAUGAAGGAUAUAGUGUUUGAUAUGAAUGAAAGGUGCCGAAAACACGGUAUUUCUACCUUACUAGACAACAGUUGAUCACUGUAAAUAUUUCAGGACCCACCAGUCAUUUAAUAUUUGUGCGUUUUUCAGCUAUUAAAAUACACGGUUACAAUCUCGUAGCAUUAAUUAGUAUUUUUCAUCAACGCAUUAUUUAGUAAUUAGUUGAAGGUUAAUCACUCAAAAUGUAUGUUUGUUAUACAUGUGACUGUAUGUAUUGACUUUAAACAGUCACUUUAAGUUGCAUCUGGAUUAUUCUACUGUGUGUUUUUAUUCAUUGACAAGCUAUACAUUUCAUUUAUCCCUUGAAAUGGUUGAAAAUGAGGACCAGCAUCAUGUAAUUGUAAAAGAGUAGCUGAUGCAUUGAAUGUUGCACACAUAGGACCGAUUGUUCAGAACUUUGUCAAAGUUUACAACGUUGUUAAAGCUGCACUCUCACAGAUUUACCAUUUUUACAACUUUUUUAUUUUUUGUCUUGGAAAGAGCAAAUUUUUGCGUUAAUGUCUGCAAACCAAUGAUAUAAGAUUGCUGACAAAAAAUUAGAUCGUAGAUUUUUAUAUUUCCGUUUAAAAAUUAAUGUUUUAUGUCCUAAACCGUUACUAACGGUGUAAGAAAAAUGCAUAAAACAUCAAAUUUUGAACUUAAAUAUAAAAAUCUGCGAUCUAGUUUUUUGUCAGCAAUCUUAUUUAACUGGUUUCCAUGGAUUUUCGCAAAAAUUGGCUUAUUCUAAGACAACAACAAAAAAGUUGUCAAAACGUUCAAUCUGUGAGAGUGCAGCUUUAAAGCCAUAGUUGUCCACUUUGAAAUCUAUUCUGCUCUGAAAGUUUAAUGGAUACACUUGUGAUCAGCAGUAUUUCUAACAAGAUUUGAGACAAUUAUUUCAGCUGAAGUUGCUGUAUUUAGAUAUAUGAGCACAUCUUCAAAUAACUCGUGUUUAAAGUUGAAAACAAAUUCUUACGUAAUAUUUUCAUAUUGUUAUCUUUGACAAAGUUCUGAACAAUGGCCCCAAUAUGUUACAGUAGUUUAUAUUUUGAACAUGCAAUUUAUAAUGUUAACAUGUAUUUACUGGGGAAUUUUACCUCAGUGAAUGUUGCAUAUACUGGUGUUGUUAAAUAUUUAAAAUUUGAUAGAAAUAACAUGUAGUGUUAUGAAAAAUGUCAUUCAGAACUAUGUUUUAGUUAAAAAUGUGAUGUACAAAUUCGUUCUGUAGGUUAAAACGUUAAAUAGUUGGUGUGCUCAUAAUGUAUUUAAAUAAAAGUACAGCUGACACAGCUAUCUCAAGGAUAGAAUUAAAUACCGCAGAUUACAAGUGCAUCUGUUUACUUCCAAAGCAGUAAAUAUUUGAAAGUUAACAAAAAUGGCGUUAACAAUGUUGUUAACCUAAACAAAAUUGUUAACACUGACAGGAACAUGCCAUAUAACUCGCAACAAAUGGCGCUUCGAUUAAUUAUUGUAACAUAGCACGUACAUGUCACGUUUUUUUUAUUCUUGUAUGUUAUCUAAUUGUGAUAUGUUGAUGGAGCUCUUUAUAGAUCAACUUUUCUUUAACCUUCGUAAUCAUUUUAUAAGAAUGUUGCCUUGUUUUGAUAUCCACAAGUUAAUUUGAAACACUGGGUGGAUUUACAUUUCGUAUAAUGGACAAGUUGUUUUAAAUCAAUUUACCAGCAGGCAAUUGUAUAAAACUGGUUGUUUUUUUGGUUUGGUCAAAGAUAACCAAUAUGUUGAUUGAUUGGUCAAUAUUUAACCAAUACGUUGAUUGAUUGGUCAAUAUUUAACCAAUACGUUGAUUGAUUGGUCAAUAUUUAACCAAUACGUUGAUUGAUUGGUCAAUAUUUAUUCAAUAAUAAAUACUAUUACCCAAUCUUAUCAUUAAAAUUUUGACAAAAAAUAACACACGGAAAAUUAUCAAAGUUCUGUGCGAUUGGCUGCUGUUCUUUCUGGUGGAAUGAUUGCAUUAUUAUCAGAUGGAAAUUCAAGAACAAAUGAUCUUGAAUGUUUAGCUCUAGUAAACAUUUAUGCAAAGUGUGUAGUUUGUAAACUUUAAUAGUUUGGGUCAUUUUUUAUUGUAAACAGAUCAAACGUAAGUAGAAUCUGGGUCGAUUUUUCAGAACGUUAACACAGUUGUUAACGUCAUCUUAGUUGUGUUCUGGAAGUUUCAUGGAUAAACUUAUGAUCUGCAAUUCUUCGUACUUAUUAAGAGACAACUAUUCCAGCAGUGCUUGUUUUUGGGUUUUUUUAAUACAUAAUCGCAUCAUAAAAUAGUUCACAUUUAAAAGUUACCAACGAUGCCAUUAACAUCGUUGUUAUAUUUUACAAAGUUUUAAACAAUCAGCCUCUGUGUUAUUGUUAUUGACCAGAUUGUUCAGGAAAAAAAAUAAGUUAAGAACAUGAUCAACGGCAUUGAUGUUAACUUUUAAACGUGAAAUAGUUUACGAUGUGCUGAUUUAUUAAAAACAAUCAAGAACCGGUCAACAGUUUUCUCAAAUAUUGUUAUGAACACCGCAGAUCAUAUGCGUGUCCAUGAAACUUCCAGCGAAAUACAGAUUUAAAAGCUAACAAUGAUGACGUUAAAAACGUUGUUUGCAUUUGGCCGUGUGUGUUAUUGAUAUUGUGUCGGUAAAGCAGAUCACAUAUUUGAUAUAUUUAUUGUAUAAUCACAUGUAUACUGUGGUAUGUUAGUUCUUAUAAAAAGGCAUUAUUCCAAGUUCAUCACAUCAGUAAAUUUAGUAAUCUUAGAUUUGAUAAACGUUUGUUCCCACAUAACGAUUGCUAAGAUAUUUAGAGGGCAACUGCUUAUUCUAAGACCUAAUUUCAGAAAUAACGAUAUGAGGUAAAGGUAUAUGAAAAACAUCGUUUAUAUUUUUUACUGACAAACUUUUCUUUUUCCAAAUCCUAAUGUUGAUAUUGAAAAUGCAUUAUGAACCAUAUUUCAUUACAUUGAAAUGGUAUUUGUGCAAUAUGGAUGUUAUUGGUGACAUGUUCAAAUCUUAAUUCGUGUGCUUUUGCCAAAAUAUAAACAUUUAAAUGUAGCUUUUAGAAGCUUUAUGAUAGCUCAGAUGCAUGUAAUUUGCCACCUGACUAAACAAGCUAUUUUUCUCAGCUGACUAAAAUACAUUAACAUAACUAGCAAUGGUAAAAAUGGUUUAAAACUCUAAUAAUUUGAAUUGUUAGACGGUUCAAAUUAUGAGUCCACGUACUUCUUAAAAGAAAUCUUAGUUACCAGUAAACACACAAUUUUGCUAGACGUUAAUAAGGAAGGCAUCCGGGAUAAUCCAAAUCACGUGGCUAGCCCAGAAUUGUUCUUUUCUCGUCAGCCUUAACACUCGUAAACACUCAUAUACUGGUUUGAAAAUGUUGCAAUUCGUGGAAAAUCAAUUGUGUAAUCUGAAGGUUUUCAUAAAAAAAAUAUAUCAAGAAACCAACUGGUAACACAUCAUAAUAUUUAUUCAGUAUGAUACGAUGUAAUGGUUUCUUACUUUAGAUCACUGCUACGGUAUAUCUUUUCGCCGAAACCGUUAUCACUUGGAUAUUGCGUCGAAAUCGCUACAAGGACUAUCCAUUUUUUAUUUAUUCAUGGAAAUUGGUAUCUGAACUAUCCAGGAGAGGCGGUUUCCGCGAAAGUGAUUAUUCUUGUCAAAUACUGUACAUCCAUUUAGAAUAUGUACCAUUAUUAAACACAUGUCUGUUAUAGUGAUCAUAGACUUAUAAUAGCUAUUUAACAUAACGGGUCACUUUAUUGUCUUCUUCGUUUCUCAUACAGACUUCAUUAUGCAGAAGACACUAUUUCUAUUGCAAGAGCCCAGCGCAAGACCUUUUUCACUCUUAGAUUUAUAUGGAGUUAGGACCGUCUUGUUCUUAGUCAUCAAUUUGGCAAAACCCUGCUUUUGAACAACAGCUACAACAAACUUUUUAUUAAAAUACUGCAAAAAAUGCUCUGCAGCCAAUUGAAUAAUGUUCAAGUUCUUUGGUAUGGUUAAAGUAAGCAAAACUGUUUAUUGCUUGGUCAACAUUAAUUUAUUAAUAAAUUUUCACCAAUCAAAUUACUUUUAUAUGCAACCUAGCCACAAGAUAAACUGUUGAAAAAGUUUCCAAAUUUAUCCUAUUGGCUGUUAAUGUCUAGCAAAAAUUCUGCGGUUAAUUAUAACUCUGUAAUGUCUGUGUUUCUUAAGAAUAAAGAUCAAAAUAAGUUCUUGAACCGCAUAAGACAACUUGUGCAUAAUGUAGUCUGCAAGAAUUUUAAAUGUAUACAGUGUAAAAUAGACACAUUUUGUUACUACAUUGUAUGUCAGUAAAUAUGUCAUUAUAAAGAUAACGAAAAUG